CACAUGACAUUGUCAAUGUGACCCGGAUACAGGCUCGCAGACAUGGCGGACGUAGACAGUUCGAAGUCGCUGAACGGCUUGCUAAAUGGGAUCGCUCAGAUAGUGUACUAUAACAAUUCAGAAAUUUCAGAGGAGCUUUUGAAAAAUGAGCUGUACCCCGAUUUGUCACAGGAGGAGUUUCACGUUUUACUCGAGAAGAUGAAAGGUCUUUUGAAGUCCAUAGCCUCGGCGGACAUGGACCAGGCCCAGCUGGAGGCCUUCCUGACGGCCCAGUCGAGGAAGCAGGGCGGCGGGGGGGUGAGCCCCGAACAGGCGGCUUCCCUGUCCAAGUUCUGGAAGAGCCAGCGGGCCCGGGUUAGAGAGAGCCUGCUGUCCCAGAGCCGCUGGGAGCCGGGGCUCAGAGGCCUGAGCUGGAGGGUGGACCUGCCGACCUCCGCCAGCAGGGGGCAGCCUGUCAACGCCCCCGUCGCCGUGGUGGAGCUGGAGAUGGGCCGGACUGGAGAGGACUCUGAGUUCCUCUGCCUGGAGUUUGACGAGGCGAAGGUGAACCAGGUGCUGAAGAAGAUGGCGGAGAUCCAGGAGAGCAUCGACCGCGUGGUGCACCAGAGCUAGCCGCGGGAGAUCGGCCGUGGACCGUGCGUCGGCCCGGGCGGGGGGUGGACUGUACGGGACAGCGGGAAGCAUCCCGAACGUACAUCUGUUCUGAAGGGGGAAGUGCCCCGAACGUACAUCUGUUCUGAAGGGGGAAGGCCGACGGCGAAUCAGAUCACAGAGGGGCGGGGCCUCCUGUCGUCAGCUUAACCCGGCCACUCACUCCCUUCCUGUUGCUUUGAUCCCUGAUUGGUUGGAUUGUGCUCUUCCUCCUAAUGCUGUGUCAUGACCCCCCCCCCCCAACUCCCCCAACCCAGGGAGCGUCAGAAAACAAAAACACUGCGUGAUGAACACAUAAAAAUUGAGAUGCCAGUUUAGAUAUAUUAAUGUUUUUUUUUUUGUUUUGUUUUGUUUUUAUACACUUUUUGCGCAUGUUAAUUGCAGUCUGUCUACAAUGUGCCCAACCACAGACCCACACGUUGCCUUGCCAUCCAGUAGCCCGCAUGUGCCGCCAGAAAUACAGACAUCAUCUCAGAAGCACGAGCUUGUGUCAGUCUUUUUUUUUUUUUUUGGGGUAAAGCAGGUUCCUGUGGAGAGGGUACUGUACCAUUGGCCCUGCUGUCUGUACCUUUAGGCCCUGCUGUCUGUACCGUUGUUCCUGCUGUCUGUACUGUUGGCCCUUGGGCUGUUCUCUCUCGAACCCUUCCUCUGUCAUCAGUCUUCAUUGCAAGCUCAGCCCAAGGAUGACUGCUGCAGACUCGGUCCUCUUACACAGCCAGGGAUAAAAUUGCAUUCCCUUCCUUCUCUACUGCCAUUACAGUAUUUCCUAAUUCAGUUAGGGGAUAUAUACAUAUAUAUAUAUAUAUAUCAAUUGCAUUUCCUGUUCGUCUCUGAAAACUCUGCCUGUCCAGCUGCUUAGUCAUGGCGUACGUGGGGACCUAUGUGUCUGUGGUUAACUCUUUCGUUGUUGAGCCCUGUUGGUCUCUACCUCCGUUUUCAUUCAUGUAGCACGGCCUCUAGUACCUCCCAAUUUGGGAGGCGAACGUGAACGCCGCCUCUUUUCCCCCUGCAGUCGCUGCAGUCCUCCCAACAGGGAGGGGGGGGGGGGCGCUCUCGCGUGUCGUGGAAAGGGGGAAAACAUGGCAGCCGAAAAACCCUCCCUCCCUAUGGCUGAUUUUGAUUGGUCCAUACGAUAUCCAAUCACAGUCCUAAGCCGCGCACUUUCACCUGAGUGGCGCACUCUUGUCCCCAUUAAUAAUAGAUUAAAUUUGGGUGGUUUCCCCAUUUGAAAUGGUGGUUGCCCUGACAGGUGGAUAGUGUCACGUAGUUCAGUGUGUUAAAAUACCAUGGCUUCAAGCCAUUUCCACAAAUUCAAAUUCAAACAAAUGAGAGCGGCAGCCACUGGCACUCUGCAGUGAAUUCGUCGGCAGUUCUAAUUGGUUUUCUCAUGUCUGUGCUAUGCUAGCUUUGGGGGCAGUGAACCCAGCGCAUUAAAUGUUUCCCCCAGGGAAAA